ACCAGUUCUUGAGGCAAUCAGUGCUUCAGGCAUCCCAUGUCCUGAAAGAAAAGAUGGGCUACCAAUUCACUUCAAAUUCAAUAAUUCGGCGUUGUUUACAGACAGCAAAUCAUCUGCAGCAGACAGCAUGAGUGAGGAUGAUGAAAAUGGAGAAGAAAGCUUUGAUCAGAUGUUUUGGAACAUGGGGACAAAUAGCAUGAGGACAUUCUUUGUCGCUCUGGAUGUCAUGGACACCAAAAGCUUGACCAUGACAAAAGAGGUCCUCAGAGAAAGACAGAGGCUUGAGAAGGCAGUUGAAAAUUUGCAGAAAGAGGUUAAGGUUGGGUUAGCCAAGCUAGAUGAGAUAACAGAGAAGGCUGAAACACUUAAAGAGCACGAGGCAGAGAUGUGCAGAUAUAAGAAUUUUGAGUUUGAAUCCAGCUUCCUAGACGCUGUUCAAGUACAAAUUACUGGUACUGGAAUUUACCUCAACAACUGUAAGCAGUGUCAUUUCACCUGUCACUCUCCCUGUAGAAGAUCCAUUAAUACAGGAGACAAAAGACACUGCAAAGCAAUAGGAUCAGAUGGACGCUGCACAAAGUGCCCAGGGAAAUGUUACUGGGAUGAACAUAAUGAUCAGACGUACAAAUGGGAGAGUGAGGAAUUGAAGGAAGUAACAACAGUGAAAGAACGUAGAAAGAAGUACAGAAACGCAAAAGAUAUUAAGAAAUGUUAUCAGACAUUGAUUGAAAAACUGAUGCAUGAAUAUCAACCCGUGCAGGCUGAGGUGGAGGCACUGAGAGCGCACUAUAACAAGAGUCUGAACAGACUUAAAAAGAUAGCACUGAAGCCGAAUCCUCUCUACGCUCGUGAAUUCACUGACAUGCUUAUUGAGGCAGAGAAAUCUAAGGCCAAGCCAGGCUGGAGACAACGAGUUCAGCCCCUGAUAACCAUGAGGGAAAAAGCAGACAUCAUGGCUACAGUCGACAGAGGAGAGAUACUCCUCCCAAGUCCACCUAUUGACCUCCAGUGUUCCAGUCCCAGCCAUGACAUCACUGAGACUGAUAAUAAGAGACCAAGACUAAAAUGAUACCGACACUGACACCAGCAAAAAUAAAAAGGACAACACUGACUGAUACCAACCGAGACCAACAUAAGAUCAACACAAAUA